CUACGGGAACCUGCUCAGCCGGGAGGACGCCAAAGUUCCUGCUGUUUAGCUCCUGAUCCAGUUUCACCAUAAACCGCUGUGUUUAUCUACAGUUAACGAGUCGGAAUCCAAUUCUAAACAGCAAAGAGAAAAAACAACUAUAGAUCUAAGCGUUAAAAUCAGAAGAUCCCUGUUUAUCCGCGUUAGAAACGCUCCGGGCCACCAGCCGCUCUCUGAUAACUUUCGCUUCGUUGUUAUUGAACUCUGGACAUUAUUUUGCGCUGCGUUAGUUUACAAUGAUAUAUAAUGUAGGGAUCCAGCAUUAGAAGAAGAAAAUUGUUCUGUUUUUUUAACAGUUUAAAAGGCAGCCAGUUUGCGGGUUUCUAGUUAAACCUACCAUGUUAUUUAGACUGUUUGUUCUCCUGCUGUGGGGCGCUGGACAGAUGGCAUCGGCAAAGACGUUCAUUUCCCAACAAGAACCAUCAGAAGACAAAGAAAUAUUUCUAGGGGAGACUGACGCCAAUGUGUUCCUGGGUCGCCACUUGCUGCUCAAUAAGUUUGACUUUGAAAUGUUUGUUCCUGGGAACCUGGAGAGGGAGUGUAUAGAAGAAGUGUGCAACUACGAGGAAGCAAGGGAAGUCUUUGAAGACGAUCAGCAAACAGUUGACUUUUGGAAGGAAUACACAAAAAAUGAGGACAAUCUUACGAGGGUGGAUGUGACCGCACUUCUAGUGGGACUCAUCUGUGCUGGAGUGGUGCUGGUUGUUGUUGGCGUCUUGAUCUGGUAUAUGUGUCAAGCCAAAUGCAAAGGGGACUUCAGUCGUCGUGCAAGCUCCAUCCGUGGACGUCCCAGGAGGAGCAAUGCCUCCCUGAUAAUGCGAAGGUUGGAUGAGGUCUCCAGACAGCCCCCUCCAGGAUCCUCACACACUGUGGAUGUAGAAGACCUUCCUGGACUACCCACAUACGACCAGGCAAUCCGAUUAAAUGGACAGCAUGACUUACCACCUCCUCCCUAUCCCGGCUCGAGACCCGGGAGUAUUCGACGGUAGGAUCUUCAAAGAAACGUUCUCUGACUGAAAAAUUAAAACCUUAAUUUAUAAGUAGCAUCUACAUCAAGAUACUCUAUUUUUACGUGACAGGAUUACAGGUGUCUUUUUAUAUAUAUCCAUCACCUUUAUUAAGCUGUUUUUUCCCCCCAAAGUAGACUUUUUUUUUUUGUAAGAUUACUAUAUAUGUAAUUCUUUUGUCCUUUAUUUUAAUGUCACCUCUGGCAUUUUCAGUCUUAAAAUGACAGCAACCAAAAAACAGGCAACAUAUUGUUGCAGUCAGGUGAAAACCUUGUUUCUGUAUUUUAUUGUUGUUAGUUUCUUGUAAAAUUAAUCCAUUCUUGGACCCUUUCUGUGGUUUCAUUAAUAAAUAUACAGUUUGCUUUUUUUGACACUUUCUAAUGGAUAUUUAUAUUCAGAAGGAAAACGCCUUUUCAUUUCCUGAAAAGUAAAAACCUUUAGAGAGGCAAUGUUUUUGUCUGACUUGUGUUGUUCUCUGCUGUGGUUAUUUGAGGUUGAUGUUUUGCAUCGUUUUUAGCGUCGUCCACAAUCUUUUUUUCUUUAGAUGAAUUUACGACCUGUUGAAGACAUGCCAGAUAUGUUUUGAAACUUCAGGGCGGUUACCAAACAGAUUUUUCUUGUAAAUGAAUUAAAAAUCAAAACAUCACUAUGGUCUAUCAGAUGUUUUUACGAAGAAAACUGUUGCUCUGCUCAAAUUGAAUUAAGUUAGUGUUUCUAAAUAGUUUUUUCUUUUGUUUUGGUUGAUCAUUAUUAUCAUCUUAGUUUUUGGUUCCCCUGUUCUUAAUGUGUGCUUGCCUGAACGUAUAACAUGACAUGUAAUGUAAACCAACCUCCUUUUUUAUUUGAGCUUAAUUAUACAGUUGAAUUUUGUUUGCCGUUUUUUUUUUCUUUAUUUUAUCCAAAGGAUGUAGUAGAUAGUGUGCUCUGAGUUGUUGAAACUGUUCCUCAGAGGAGCAGACUGUGUUUGUAACGGAGUUAAAGAGAGAGCUUCUUAUGGAUCACAUACCAAGAAACUCAGGAUAUUAAUUUCUGGGACAGAGACAAUAAGCCUGAAGCUGCUUUCAUUUCCUCGAUGGUAAAAACUGCCAUUAAAUGGAUGCUUAUUUUAUGCACUGAUCUUCCAGCUUAGUCCAUAAUAAUUUACUAUUAAUUUUUCACUUUGAUUUCUUUUUUUUUUUCAAUGAAAAUGUGAUUUGUUUUUUCUUCCUGCUUUCAAUGUGACAAAUGUAGACAAUGGGCACCAAAACAGUCAUGUGAAUCCUUAUUUUUCGAUAACGGUCAAUCCUGAGAUGACUUUUGAAAUGUAUUUUAAUAUCAUAGUUGAUCUACAUCAAUGCUUCAGAUAUUUUAAGUUUUGAAAACUGCUCAGUCUUUUGAAAUAAUAGAAACACAUAUUAGCAAAUGAGAAGUACAGCUAAAACCUCUGGAUAUAAAACCCUGAAAAACUUUGCUUCAUCUGAACCAAAUGCUGUAGUUUAUGCUUCAAUCUAAUCUGCAAAACGGAUGUUUUUCAAGAUGUCAGAAUUAAGGGAUUUCAUGAAGGAACUGUAUUUUUCACAUGAUGUUAAGUAGAGUUUAAAUCUAAAAUAUUUUAUUUUAAUAAAAUUCUAUUUUAAUUAUAUGUGUCAUUUGUUCUAUUGCCUUGAUUCUUCAUACAUUAUUGGGAAAAAAUCCACAAACAUCUAGCUUGAGUUUCACUACUACAGUUAAUAAAAUCACCUUAGCAACUCUUAUAGUGUUUAAAAGACCUUGUUUAAUCUUGACU